AUGGGUUAAUGUUAAGUACCUCAAAUGCAAUAAAUUGAAGAUGAUUUUGCUGCUAUUUAAAGAAAUGCUGUCACUCUAAAAGCUGUACCAGAAAAACUCAAUUAAUUGGAGGCUUAAAUAAAUAGCAUCAAGAGUACUGCUGAACAAGUAUUAAUACCUUAAUAAACCUAUAGCUAACUACUUCUGUCAAUAAUAUUACAUAAACUCUAGAGAACAUUAGAAAGAGUCUUCCAUGA